AUGUCUGGCUUGAUCGGACUUGGCGGAUAUGGAUCGGACUCAGAUUCGGACUCUGCUUCCGGAAGUCCUGGCUCAAGAACGAGAGCAUCGUCGUCUGGAGAGAUGGAAGUCGAUGGAAAGGACGUGAUUACAGUUGGCGACGGGGAUGCCAGUAUGGAUGAAGAGGAGAUUGUCAAUGCCGAUGCAGCGGCCGAAUUUUCUUCGGAAUUGAGAAGGAUGAGCAGUGCUGGGCUUCCUAUAAGCAUCCAACUUCCUCCACCUCCAACUGGCAAAAUUGACCAGAACUCGAAAGUCCAGUACUUCAAAAUGUUAGACGGCUACAAGAAAGGAAUGAACAUCAACAAGCAAAUCAAGAGUGCGAAAUCCUACAGGAACCCUUCAAUCUAUUCCAAGCUCAUCGACUACUUCAACAUCAAAGAAGGCGGCUCCAACUUUCCAAAAGAUGUCUUUGACCCGACAAAGCUUAAAAAUGAUACGAAGUUUCAUUACAAGGAAUUGUCGAAACUUCAAAAUCAGCUUGAGGAAAAACGCCAAAAAGAAGAGAAGCAAAGAAUCCUUUUGGCGAGAGAGAAAGAAGCAGGUCCCGCGGUUGUCAGCUCAAGAUCGAAAAAUCACAAUGGAAAGUCCAUCCCCGCCGUCGGUAUUCUUGCCAAGAAGACAUCAAAGGCUCGUGAAACGCUCAAGAAAGAAAUAGGCGAGGUGAAAUUUGGAAAGAGCAAAUUUAUGAGUCCUGAUUAG